CUUGCAACUGUCAGUUAACUUUUUUUUUCCUCUUGUUUCAGUGACACAGGAACAAAACCUCCAGAGAGUGGCAUCUUUGGAUUUAUGAUUAACAUUUCAGCACUUUUAGGUGCAGUUACAAUGUACAUCAGAUAUUUAAUAGUAGAGAAGCAAAAAGAGUCAUCAGAUUGUGUUGGUUCUUUAUUUAACUUAAUUACACUAUGCAUUGGAUUGCUGGGCUGUAUUGGAAUGGGCAUUGUUGCAACUUUUCAGGAGCUAGCUGUUCCCAGCGUCCAUGAUGGAGGAGCUCUUAUGGCUUUUGGUGCUGGUGUGGUAUACAUUACACUUCAGUCCAUCAUCUCUUACAAAUCAUAUCCACAAUGGAGCAGCUGCUGUAUAUGUUACAUACGGAUAAGCAUCUCUGUAGUAUCGUGCAUAGCUGUCAUUCCCAUGAUUGCAUUUGCUUCACGAAUUUCUAUAACGAAAAUUGAUUGGAUUCCAGGUGAAAAGGGGUAUGUUUAUCAUUUUGUGAGUGCAAUCUGUGAAUGGACAGUGGCUUUCGGCUUUGUCUUCUACUUCUUAACCUUCAUUAGAGAUUUUCAGCGAGUUACUUUACGGAUAUCAACAGAAAUGCACGAAGACUUCUGAUAGGAGAGACAUUAUAGGUUUUUUUUCAAUGAACAUUAUAUAGAGUUUUUUUUCUUACUGAAGAAAAUGAUGCAGAGAAACAGGGCUUUUCAGUGCUGACAUGAAACCCACUUCAAUCAACUUUGCAAUCUAUAUAAUCAUAUCUACAAAACCUUUUGGUUUUUUUUUAAACGAAGAAUAUUUUUAAGUUUCCUUUUCCCCUAUAAGGGUUCUCUUUAGUCUGUGUCCUUGCAAUAUUUUGUAUUUUUAUACCGUUUGAUAAUUAAAAAGAAUACGAAAAGGUGACCUGCAUUUUCAAAGUCUUUCAUACGUGUAGAGGCUCCUCAACUCUUCUUUAUUGGACACAUUCUUGUUUUCCAUUUGUAAUCAUCUUAUUCAUAACAAUAAUCUUGAACUGAAAGGAAAAACAUGAUUUGCAUGUUACGAGCAGACAGAUGUAUUUUUCAAAGGCCUAUAGAUUUAUGGUUACAGUAUUCCAUGAUUUAUAAUCCCCAUUCAGGAUAACAGGAUAAGUAUUUUGUAUUGAAAGUUUGAACUGUUUGUAUUGCCUGAAAAAUAUUUCUGUUCAUCAGCUUAAGUUAUUUUGUAAGACUAUGAGAAGGUUAACACCUCCUUUCAGUGGUGGCUAUGAGAAGCAUAGUACUGACUAAUGAAGCGGGAAGGAAAGCAUAGUACAAUAUUAGUUUUCUGAAAGAUCAGGAAAACUGGAAGGUUUAGCAUGUUACUGCCAACUUUGUAGCAGGGCAAAAUUAUUCCAAUGUAUAUGCAUUAGUCAGUGACAGUGGAAGGAAGAGAGCUUAUUCUACAGUCAUAAAGAAGUGAGGGAGUGGGAGAAGGAAAGCACUAAUGCAUUAGCAGGUUUAGUUUAUAGGAAUUGAUGGUCAUUACUGAGGGGCUUUUGAGGUUGGAAUAUGCCAUGUUUGCUGCUAACAUUUUUUUUGCCAUUAACAUUUUUAAUUUUUUUAAAGAGUUCUUUGUCAAUUGAAAAAUCUGCAAUGAGUUCAUUAUACUAAUCAAAGAUCAUAUCGUAUUACAACCAACCAGAUUCUUGUGUUUUCUGGUAUUGGAAACCAGCAAUAUUCUCUAUGGAGUGUAGAAAAAAAGGAAGCAUUUAUACUUGUUCACCAGCCUCUUAUCGUGCACUAAUCACACUGCUAUUAGUCUGGCUAGCAAAAAUCAGAAUUGUCAUGACAACAAUCAUAUGUAGAAAUGUUGAUAAUUGGCGAGUAUGGAUUCAUUUUCUAUCAGAUGUCUGGUCAGUUAUCAGUUGAGAGUGAUGUUUAAGACUUGUUAGCUGCUAUGUGUCCUUUAAUAAGUAUAUUAAACCUAAUACCUUGUCAGUUGAGUGUCUCAGUUUCUUUGACUAAAAACUCAAAAAGAGGUUUUUUAGGUUCUGCCUGUUAAAGUAGAGAGACUUUCUUUCUACUUAACAGCACAAGAGCCCUUGCUCAGCCUGUGUUGAGAGCCAGUAUGGAUGGUUUUUAACUGGUCCAUUCUUCCAUUUGAGCAAUUUUUUUCGUUCCUUUUUACUCCUGGUCUCGUGCAUUUCUGAGGUGCUUUGCUCUGUAUCAUUCUAACUGGAAUGAGACUUGGCACUCUGCCUAAAUAAGUGAUUGAGAACCACUGGGCUAAAAGUGCUCUACUUUUUCCUCUGGGAAACUCAGUCUCUGAAGGCACAGCCCAAACACUACAAAUGCCAGCAGUCCUAGGAUAAGGUAUGUUUUUGCCAGAAAACAUCUUCUCCGUCUUCUGUCUUAGCUCAUCGUUUGGUGUAAUACUUCUAAGGCAAAACAAAAAAAAAAUCUCAAUAAAUAAAAUUUGUACUAGAAAUGUCUUGACAUUCAUUAACUCAAUAAGCUGGAUAUAGUGAUCAGUUUAUAGUACUUAAUUUUUACCUGGCCAAGAAAUAAAUAUAGACAUGCAAUAGGAACUGAAAUUCUUUAAAGUUGGUGUCAAACUGGUUUAACCCUCCUCAGGCCAGAUCCAGACUUCAGAG